AUGCAAUCUCUUCUGGCCCAGCAACGCUCUAACUUGCCAAUGGGAAGGAAGCGAAGUAGGGUAGCAAGACUUGCUACCGUCGCUUCGGCAAUCGCCAUUUCCGUCUCUGCCGUGGGAGCUUUCCAAUCUCCUUUGCCUUAUACUAUGUCGCCCUCUGUGUCUGCUAGUCUUUCCUCUUCGACAUGGGAUCCUUUGGGUAGCCAACGACGUCACGGCAGUGAUACUACCAGGCUUCAUGUGCUAGCGGAUCCGGAGGUUAUGCUAAGAGAGCAGAUUGAGUUGAUGCCAGCUCCUCCCAGUCGACGGCGUCUUAAUGGUUCCACCAAGGUGGUUAGCAACAAGCGGAAGGUGCCACCAAAGAUUGCUCUGAAAUCGACCAGUCGAGCGGCGCAAGUAGCAAAGAGCUCCCAAAAGGUGCAACGGGAAAUGCAAAAGAUGGCUCGAGUGGAUUCUUCCACAAAAGCGGCGGCGGCAUCAUCCAAGCAGCCACCUCGGGAAAAAGCCAAACGAAGCAAACGGCAAUCAUCCACCAUGCCCGGAUUUAGGACAGGCGGAAUGACGGGUCGACAAAAGGCAUUCCGUGAUGGUAUCAAGCUUGUGGAACAACAGACUGGCAAGAAGAUCGCGAAAUAUGUGGACACGCCAGAGUUACGAAAGAAGCGCCGUCAGGUUAAUGGAGAAGCCAUGUAUAAGUCAAGUGCAUCCGUCCCAGACAGUCUGGUACAAUUCGCCAAUGAGAUUCACACAAUUGACCGAAUCACACCCAAGGAGGAAGUCGAGUUGGGCGAGAGGACACAAGAAGCGAUUCGGUUACAAAAUCUGCAUGAUGACCUCACGGAAAAGCUGUAUCGACCGCCAACGGAUGAGGAAUGGUGCGCUGCAGCUGGAAAGAUUAACCUGGAAGCCAUCAGUCAAGCUAUUGAAGAGGGCAUCGAAGCAAAGAAUGUGCUGGUGACAUCCAAUCUUCGAAUGGUUCAAGGAGUUGUCAACACGUACAUCCGCAAUGGGUUGGGCGCCGAGUACAACGCCGGUGAUUUGAUGCAGGAGGGUAUCAUGGCGCUGAUCCGAGCGGCAGAGAAGUUUGAUCCUACACGAGGCUUCCGCUUCUCAACCUAUGCGAUGUACUGGAUCCGGGCCGCUGUCAAGCGUUCUCAGAUUGUCCAGUCCCGCCCUGCACCUGUGCCCCAGCGAUUGUAUGAAAAUCAUAAGCGUAUUCUGCGCACGGCGAGUGAGUUGAAAGUGGCUCUUCGUCGAAAACCAUCUAAUGCGGAGGUAGGAGCUGCGAUUGGCAUGUCCGAAAUCCAAGUACAACGGUGCCUGGCAGCAAUGAACCAACGAUUCUUCUCGCUAGAUCAAGGAAUCCAAAACACCAAAAAACCAAUGGGAUCAGACAGAUCCACAGAUACACUCAUCGAUAUUGUCCACAGUAAGACGGAUGAAGGAGACUACAACAAACUGAAACACAUCUUUCUUCGGCAAGACUUGAUUGAGACCUUGAACCGCCACUUGACCCCCGAGGAGGUUGAAUUAUUGCUGCUCCGAUAUGGGUUGCGAGAUGAUCUUCCCGCGGAGUACGGCAUGGGUCCCAUGACCAUUGCAAAUGUCAGCCAGGUGGUAGGAUUGAAACCUGACAAAGUUCGGCGAAUGAUCAAUAAGAGCUUGAAGCAUCUUCAAGUGGUCAUUCGUGACGAAUGGCGUGAUUACGAGCAAGAGUACAAGUGGUGA